AUGUCUGCUAGUGAUCCAAGCUUACCAAAUGGUGCAAAGAAGCCCAAUAGACCAGGAGCUGAAAGAGGUCCUGGCAUAAAUGCCAUACAAAUAAACGCUGCGAGGGAAAUGCAUGCAAUGUCGAUUCGGGGCAGAAACCCUCGCAACGCUAACACUACCAGUGGGUCAUCUAUACUCACGAGAACUACAAUCCCAGUUGAAGCUUCGCAUACCAGUACGUUUGCAACACCAUCGGCACCAGACACUACGAUUAAUAAAUCGCCGAAGAAGAAAAACGAUAUACCACACCAUGUGUGUAACAACAAUCCAAAUAACCCCAAUUGCCCACAUUGUGGGACUGUCAUAAUUCCAUCUCCAAGAGCAACACUGCCGUUAAAGGAUAGUCCAUCCAUUACCGUUGCUGAUACUUGGAAAGUGACCACGCAGAAAAGACCAAUUUUAAAUUCACAGGAGCUAGAUGAUUGGGAAGCCAAUAAGUUGCAGAAAUUGCCUUUGCCAGAGAUGAUAUUUGGAAAUAAUUUUGUGCGGAUAGAUAACGUCAAGAACGGAUGGUAUAUAGAAUUCAAUGCGUUAGAUGCCUUGAGACAAGUUAACCUAGAAGAUACCGGGUUGCGUGUGGCUCAUUCUAAAGUAUGGAUGCAAUCUAAACAGAAACAACAACAACAACAACAACAACAACAACAACAACAACAGGAAAAGACCUCAAGCAGUGAAUCCAGCUCCGCUAACCCAUUAGAGAUUGCACACCCAUAUGACUGGACAUAUACAACAUUAUACAAAGGUACGACUCCUACAGACGCAAAAUUACCCAAAUUUGAAGAAGACAUCGGUGCUGAAUUGCCUAUUGAUAAACUAUCAAGACCUGAUAAAAUCCUGUUUUUUGAUGAUAUGAUAUUAUUUGAGGAUGAAUUAGCAGAUAAUGGUAUUUCUGUUCUCAAUGUAAAGAUAAGGGUAAUGCACGAGAGAUUGCUGCUCCUGAGCCGCUUCUUUCUCAGAGUAGAUGAUGUACUUGUACGGGUAAUUGAUACGAGAGUCUAUGUAGAUUUCACAGACAAUAUUGUUAUUCGGGAAUUCAAGAAACACGAGUGCCAUUACAACGAAUUACUCGCCAAACAUCAAAGAAGUAACAAGAAAACCUUACAUGAUCCAAAAGCUGCCCUCAGAGAUAGCAAUUGGGUAGUAGAACAUACGCCUCUUAUCGAACGCAAAGCCGAAAUUAUACACUUCUAG